GUAUUAUUAAUUAUUUUGAACGGAGGGAGCAGUAUGUAAAAUUUUUACUGAAGUUUCCCCAACAUUUUCAAACUAUAAAAUUUGUCAACAGCGAUACAAUUCAAUACCCGCCGCCGUCGUCCUAACUGACCAGCUCCUUCAAUGGCGAUAGCCGCCGUCAUUACAGCGCCUCUCACAACUCCAAUACGCCGCCGUUCUCUUCCUUCCAUUCGUUUAUCUUCUUCUUCAGUCAAUUUACAAUCCAACAAUCUCAAAUUCGGCGCCGGUAGAGCCGCCGCCGUACACUGUCCUAGUAAGCUCCGAAUUUUUGCGGUUUCUUCAAUGAAAACUGAAGCUCCAGAGGGUAUCUCUUUCCUUGAUCGUAAGGAAAGUGGCUUUGUUCACUUUGUUAAGUACCACGGCCUCGGCAAUGACUUCAUAUUGGUUGACAACAGAGAUACAACAGAACCUAAGGUCACUCCUGAUCAAGCUGUGAAAAUGUGUGAUAGAAAUUUCGGUAUUGGUGCGGAUGGGGUAAUAUUUGCAAUGCCGGGUGUCAACGGCACUGAUUAUACCAUGAGAAUCUUCAAUUCGGACGGAAGUGAGCCAGAGAUGUGUGGUAAUGGAAUUCGAUGCCUUGCCAAAUUUAUAGCUGAGCUUGAGAACUUCCACGGAAAGAAAAGUUUCACCGUACAUACAGGGGCUGGACUUAUUGUUCCUGAAAUCCAAGAAGAUGGAAAGGUUAGGGUUGACAUGGGUGAGCCCAUUCUGAAGGCAUCAGAUGUGCCCACUAAACUACCCCCUAAUAGAGAUCAAUCUGUUGUUAAAGCAAGACUAGAUGUAGAUGGAAGAGCAUGGAAUGUAACCUGCAUUAGCAUGGGGAAUCCUCAUUGUGUCACUUUUGGUACAGAACAAAGCCAGGAUUUGCAAGUAGAUGAACUAAAGUUAGCAGACAUUGGUCCAAAGUUUGAACAUCAUGAGAUGUUUCCUGCUCGCACUAACACAGAAUUUGUACAAGUCUUCUCCCCAACACACCUUAAAAUGCGCGUAUGGGAACGUGGUGCAGGCGAGACACUAGCCUGUGGGACUGGAGCUUGUGCCGUAGUAGUUGCAGCAGUGCUUGAGGGUCGUGCUGCAAGGAGCUGUACUGUUGAUUUGCCUGGUGGGCCGCUCAACAUUGAGUGGAGUGAGAAAGACAACCACAUAUACAUGACGGGGCCAGCAGAGGUAGUUUUCUAUGGGUCAGUUCCUCUCUAAGCCCCUAAAUGUAAUUCUAUUUGUACUUCACCCUUUCUGUAAGCUAUUUGAAACUUUCAGAAUUCAUAAAUUUGCUCCAAAUGUUGUCAACUUUGUUGGAAAAUGAAAGAAAAACAGAACAAUGGGUUUUGGAUAAAA